GUGAAACACACGAACGGGAGAAGGGAAGAGACUAGAAAGCGGGGGAAAGUAGUCCAGGCAAUUCCAAGCCACCACUCUCAGAAAGAUCAGUUCCAUGUGCCUUCCAUUAGUUUACGGCUCCCACACUCUUUAUUGCUUCAUUAUUCAUUCAUAAAUCCUUCCUUCUCUCUCUUUCUCGCAUACCCUUUUGUUUACUUACUCUCUCUCUCUCUCUCUCUCAGCCCCUUCCAUGAUUCUGUCUGCAGAUCCAGAGCUAUAUGUUCGCCAUGAUUGAAUAUGCUCAAAACCCAUCGACCCCAUUUCAGUUCUGCUCCAUUAUGGGGCUUACUCUUAAUGCUUUCUGAUUCUUAACUCUCGGUGGCUUUGAGAUUGGUUCGUUUUCUUUGCUCCCGUUUUUGGGGAUCUUUCUCCUUUCCCUAUCAAGUUUUUAAGCAUUCCCUCUGCGGCUUUGUGGGUGCUGAAGAAUAUGAGGGACUCUUCCCUUUUCCCUCCUCGACGUAUUGGUUAUCCAAGUUUUCGAUUGAUUUCUGGGUCGGCUUUUGAGGUGUUUUUGUAGGCAGCACAAAGUACAAUCAAAGCUCUCAAUCAUAAACAUGGAAGCUGGGUGUAGAUUCUACUCUGCUACGGAUGAGUUCAAAUUGGAAGGCAAAUGGUUGGUUGAUCCCAAACAUCUCUUCGUCGGACCUAGAAUUGGAGAGGGAGCUCAUGCCAAAGUUUACGAGGGCAAGUAUAAGAACCAGACUGUUGCUAUCAAAAUUGUUCAUAAAGGGGAAACAGCUGAUGAGGUUGUAAAGAAAGAAGCUCGGUUUGCUCGGGAGGUUGCAAUGUUGUCUAAAGUACAACAUAAAAAUCUUGUCAAGUUUAUUGGUGCCUGCAAGGAGCCUGUAAUGGUGAUAGUAACGGAGCUUUUAUUAGGAGGGACCUUACGAAAGUACCUGCUCAAUAUGCGUCCACGGUGCUUGGACACACGCGUGGCUGUUGGUUUUGCGCUUGAUAUUGCUCGUGCUAUGGAAUGCCUUCACUCCCAUGGCAUCAUUCAUCGUGAUCUGAAACCUGAGAAUCUUCUGUUGACUGCAGAUCACAAGACAGUUAAAUUAGCUGAUUUUGGCUUGGCAAGAGAAGAGUCGUUGACAGAGAUGAUGACUGCGGAGACGGGGACCUACCGAUGGAUGGCUCCAGAGUUGUAUAGCACUGUGACACUAAGGCAAGGGGAGAAAAAACAUUACAACCAUAAAGUGGAUGCCUAUAGCUUUGCAAUUGUGUUAUGGGAACUGCUACACAACAAGUUGCCAUUUGAAGGCAUGUCAAAUCUUCAGGCAGCAUAUGCCGCUGCUUUUAAGAAUGUAAGGCCUAGCGCAGAGAAUCUUCCUGAGGAACUGGCUAUGGUUCUAACAUCAUGCUGGCAGGAGGAUGCAAAUGCUCGUCCUAAUUUCUCCCAAAUUAUUCAAAUGCUACUCAAUUACCUUUACACUAUUUCACCCCCUGAGCCGAUGAUUGCUUCCCGAUUUUUCUCUUCUGAGAACACGGUGUUUCCUCCCGAGUCUCCCGGAACAAGUUCACUGAUGGCAGUCCGUGAUGAUUCAGGGGAGACUCCGAAAGCUAAAAUGGAAAAUAAUCCCAGAGGUUGUUUCUCCUGCUCCUAUGACUGUUUCUAAGCUCUAGAAUGAUGGGAAAAAGCAAUAGCAGCUGAUGGAAAAGCUUAAGGUCAAUAAGCUAUUUCCCUGUUUAAGUGCAGAGUAGGCAGAGGAAUAACAUGUUUUGUAUGUAACUAAUGCUUUCCUUUCUUCCCCACCAUGUAUCAUUGAGUGUAGGUGGUUUUAGUUAUGUAGUAACACAGCCUAAGCCUUAUAUCAGCAUAAUGGUAGAAUGGAAGAUAAUCCUGCUGUUUUGAUGUAUGAUUUUGAAGAUCCGACUUCAAAUCAUUGCUGCCAGUAAAGGAUCAAUAAUUCCUUCUUAAUGCAUCUCCACUAUCUACUUAUAUCUA